AUGCAGCGAACCACUGAACUGAUGAAAUGUCGGGAAGAGCUUGAUAAAAGACCCGACACCAAUCUCGAAGAUUUAUGGAAACAAACAAAGAUUAAUUUUAAAGAGAAGACGGGUCACGAUCUCGAUAAUGGACUCCCUAAAGAUGAACUGCAACAGAAAAGCAAGGAGGUGGAUAAGAUGCAGGUUUCUAAAGUCAAGAAUGCAUUCGAACGAGCCAAAUAUAUCUUUGCAAAGGUUUUCAAGGUAAUCUGGAACUUUUGGGAGUUCUUCCAACCUGCAGUCAAAGAGAUACCUAUCGCAGGGGCAGGCGUCGAGUUUCUCGCUAAGGCUAUCGACUUGCUCAUUCGGGCGACUCAAAAUUAUCAAGAGAUCUUCGUCAAGGCUGCCCAGCUGUUUGAACAUGUGGGAUUCUUUUCCAUGAGAUUCGAAAUGCUUAUGGAAGCUGAGAGUGAGGGCGCUCGAUUGCAUCCCAAAUAUGUGAGUAUCUUCUUCGCUGUGUCAACCAUAGUACUACCACUUUCGAUUCCGCGAACUCAGUUUCUUCAUAGCAUCAUGGCGCAUAUGGUAGACUGUGUUGCGUUAUACAUCAAACUGAACUUCAAGCCAAAAGUGGACCAUAAAUCGAAACGCCAACAGAUCGGGAAACAAAUCAAGGAUAAAGCGCAAGACUUCGGGCAAUUCCUUAACACAAUGGCAACGGGAGACGAUGCAGGUGUGGGUGAGCAAAUGGUUAAACUCCAAGGUCUGAUCGAACAAGAAGGCAGGCUCUCAACCGCCCUCAUUCUAGCAUCUGUCCUCAAGAUCCACAAAGAUGUGGGUGCCGUUCGCAGGUCCGUAAGCACCGUGAUGGACAAGCUGAGCCUUGUUCACGAUAGCAUUAUCGAGUAUAGCACCUCGCUCACUUCGCAACACGUUGAAAAACUCAAGGCAUCAUUAUAUAUUACUCAUGAGCCUUGGAACGAUGCCUUUCGUGCUUGUGCAGAGCGCUGUGUGGCCGGAACAGGCGAAUGGCUUCUCCUGGACGACAAAUUCCAUGCCUGGGCAACUACUCAAAAUGGUGCUCCCCACAUUUUCGCAAUCGAAGCCGGAUCGAACUUCGGGAAAACUUAUCUUACAACAAUCGUCAUCGCUGAUCUCCACAAGCGACCUUUGGAGGAGCUCAAAACACACCCCGUUAUUGCGUUUUACUACUUCAACAAUGCAUCCAAGGAUCUUACAGCUGCUGCGGUUAUAAGGGCAAUUGCCUUUCAGCUCUGCGCGCACAAUACGCGGUUCUUCGAAUUUUUCAGAAACCUCCAUAAAACGAGUUCAGAUGCUAGUUCUAGCUGGGGCAUUAAUCUUUGGACUAGCCUCAUCGUGGAAGUAUCCUCUCAGCUCACAGACUCGUCCGUUUUUAUCAUACUUGAUGGCUUGGAGAUGCUGGCAAAGGAGCAGAUCCAAAUCCUCUCUGAUGUCUUGGCAAGCCCAAACAAGGCGAAUCAGGGCUUGCGCAUCUUGCUCACAGGCAAUACUCACUGUUUAGAGCCGGUUUCCCAACUUGUCGGUCACAGCCUCGUUAAGAUUACUCUUGACAAUGCAUACCCUCAUCGAGGUGACGUAAGUCUUGUGGCCGAAGCCGAGCUCGCUCGCUGCGACUUUUUCUUGGAUGAACUUGAUGAUCCUGAGGUGCGUGAGUGUAUGGCUCGUACCCGCAACAGUCUGGUUCAGGCGGUAAGCGGCGACUAUUAUCUGCUACAGUCGCAAAUCCGUGAGAUCCGACACCUCUGGUCAACAGAUGAAAUCGACCGAGUACUAAAUCGAGCGGUAAAGGGCCGCAACGCCACUAUAGAGCGCCACUUGUCCAACCUCGCAGUUAGGGUAUCUGAGAAAGAGCUCUUUAGGUUAAAAGAUGGACUUCAUCUUCUGGCUGUAUUAAAUAUAUUGGACGCGCCGAUGCCGCACAUUGUGGUUCUUGCGCAGUACCUUGCUAGUGGACGAGACUCCGCCACAAGCAGGACAAAAGUUCGAACUGCUUACUCGGGAUUGGUCUCCAUUGACACUGAGGGUUAUCUCUCGCUUGCAACAGACGAGAUAACCUCGUUCCUGAUGCCAGAUAUGAAGUCGAGCCAGGGGAGCCAGGCAAUUGCCAGUCAAACUCAGACGGUCAACAUCAAACAGGCGUUCUAUGCCACUUUCAACCCAAUAUUCCUUGAAGAAAACGGCAUAGAUGAUGAGUUUUUCGACUCCCGAUCGCGCCUAAACCACCUAGCGGGCUUCAAGGUGGAGCGCAAUGUGGCCAUGGCUAAAGUCGCCAUUCACUUCAUUGACUGCUUGUCCAAGAUAUCCACCACACAACGCAAGCAAACCAGCCACGAAAAUCAUCCGUUGCACAGCCUCUCUACCUUUGCGAGAGAGAUACUUCCUAAGCUUCUGCAACACAUUGACACAUCUCAGCUGGUUGAUCCCGACAGAAUCGAUCUCGGCUAUCAAGUCACUCGUUUAUUCUUCGAGGAUACCAUGUUCGAUGUUUUCUGGCCGUUAGAAACUUUAUCGCAGUACGUAACCACCUGGGGAGAAAACGAGCAAUACUUCGAUGCUGUGUAUCGUAUCGUCAAGCACCCUGAGAUCAUCAAACAUCUCGAAGGCGAACCACGCGGUAAAUCCUGGGCGACAGAAUUACAACAGAUGUCGAAAGCUAGCGAUUUGCAAGUGGCGUUAAGCAAGAUGGUCGCCAGGAGAUGGUUGCUCAGUAAGUCAUUUUGGACACAGGACGACAUACGCAACUUUUUCCUGUGGUUCUCAACCGUCCAAGAGUUAGGUCUUAUCAAAAAGGAUGUGGUGCUAGAGCCGUACGACCGGUCCAUAACGACUGGCUGGUUCACUCCACCAAAUUGGGAGAAGAUAAAAGCAUGGGUGUUAAGAAAUGUUGAGAUCGAUUACCACUGCGCCAGCUUUGACAUUCAGAGGGCUGCGGUUCUCCUUGCUUUUGGAGGCAAGAGUAAGGAACCUGCUGAGAUUCUCGAACCGUACCGCGGAAUAGAUUGGCGUGCCAACGCAUGGCUUGCUGAAGCAAUGUCCUGGCAUGAUAAUUUCGACGCUGCGUAUGACGCAGUCGAGCAGUGUCUAACCCUGCUUCCUAAGUUCGACGUCGAUCAAGCGACGAUAACCAAAGUAAACGAUUGCUUCCUAGACUGGAUAUACCAUUGGGACAGUCUCUCCAGAGACAUGCAAGUUAGGGAGCAGAUGAUAAAACUCAAUGAGCACGAGCCAGGUAUUCUGUCUUCAUACAUGUGGGCUCGAACUCUCGAAAUCGCUUUCUACGUGAAGGGGCGGGAUGCGGGAUUGGACUUCUUCCAGGCGCAAUACCAGUCGAAAAAGCCAACGAUUUGCGAGACAUUUAUUCGUCAGGCCUCAUAUCACUACCUGCACAUUUCGCUAAGUCGAACGCUUAGUGACGAUCCAGAGCGUCUUCGAUAUCUGUGCGGUAUUUACAAAGACGCCAUUGCGUUUUGCGAUGAGAAACCAAUGUUGUCUUCCCAUGAUAUGCAUAGGGCACGCGUCAGGCUUAACUACUGGCUCGGUCGCCUCUUCUUCAUCUCUAAAGGCAAACCCAAUUUCAACGAAGUCAUCGCAAGAUGGGAAGGAUUGUUGAAGGACUUUUGCCUCAACCCUUCGACUAGAGACAUUGAUAUUCUUAUCCCUAUUAUCAAGCAUCUUUGUUCGGCCUACAUCCUAGCCCUGCGGGGGGAAUACACAGACAUCGAGCCUAAUCAAAUCAUUUCGCGGAUAAAAAACCUGCGCAAUGUGACCUGCUCGUUGCAGGAACCCAUCGGUCUCAAGCUUUAUUUUCGUGUAUCACUAUGUCUUGCCCGUAUCUAUGUGGUGCGCGGUGAGACUGAAGAAGCGCGCAAAAUCUUGCAAGAGCAUGCUGAUUCGGCUUUUGCUAUGCUCUCGCAACGCAACAACGAACCGCUGUUCGGCAUCGGCUGGCUGUAUUUGGCGUCCAUCCUCACAGUACUGGAUCAAAAUGACGUACGGGAAAAGUGGGCAUGGUCCAAAUUCAGGCUGCUGCAGCAAUCGCAGCAGGAAAACAGAAAAUACUAUGCUGAGGCCAGUGAACGCGGUGACAACCCCUCUCUGGACAAUGCAGUCAAGCAAAGAAUUGAUGCUAUCAAGACCAGCGAGGAAUACAAUUACUUCGACAGCCUAGAGAGAGAUCCUAUCGAUUCCACGUGGGCGGACGAAUUUUACCUACCGUGGUUUGCGACCAUAGCCUGCGACGGCCAGGACUGCGAGGCGACGUCGAAGAAGACGUCAGGCCAACCAGCACCAAUCAACAGCGAGCCCCUGCAAAGAGUGGAUGGAAUCACGUUCAACAGUAUCUCCCCGCCUACCCCGGGGUUAAUUCAUGAGUGGACUACCUUCCGGGUGUGUAGGGAUUGCAUGCUAUCCAGGAUGUGCAAGACGUGCUACUGUCAGCUAGAUGAAGGCUUCCUGCCGCCCAUGGGAUGCAGCAAAGACCACAGUGCUCUGAUUGUACCUGCCGCGUAUGAUGAUUAUGAUGACGAUGAUGACGAUGAUGCAAGGGAUAUCGAAUCGGUUGAAGCAACUCCGUGGGAGGUUUCUGAUAAGGAUAUGGAGAUCGUUGCUGAGGAGAGUAAAAAUUGGAACACAAAUAGCUAUUUUGGAUGA